GGAAAAGCCGGACCGGAGUGCUUCCGCUUUGAAUAGUUCUUUUUCAGUCCCCCGUGGCAUGGUGGACGUGCUUUAUUGUAACAGCCAACAAAAAUUGUGAAUAUUCGGGAGUAAACUUGUGCGAAAAUGAGUUUAUCGGCAGCGCGCCCUUUGGUCAGUGUGUACACUGACAAAAAUGAGGCGGUGAAGGGCAAGGGAGUUGCUUUGCCGGCAAUUUUCAAGGCUCCGAUCCGUCCGGAUGUGGUGAACGAUGUAUCGCAGCUGAUGCGUCGUAACAAUCGCCAGCCGUACGCUGUUAGUGAGGCUGCCGGUCACCAAACGUCGGCCGAAUCGUGGGGUACUGGUCGUGCUGUGGCUCGUAUUCCCCGUGUCCGUGGCGGUGGUACUCACCGCUCCGGUCAGGGUGCAUACGGUAAUAUGUGCCGUGGUGGUCGCAUGUUUGCCCCGACCAAGACCUGGCGCCGUUGGCAUCGCAAGAUCAACAUCAACCUGAAGCGUUACGCUCUGGUUUCUGCUCUCGCCGCCACCGGUGUACCUGCGCUGGUGCAAUCGCGAGGUCAUAUCAUCGAUGGAAUUUCUGAGCUGCCGCUGGUUGUCUCCAACGACAUCCAAAAGUUCAAGAAGACCAAGCAGGCCGUAACUUUCCUGCGCCGUUCCAAGGUUUGGGCCGAUGUGCAGAAGGUAUACAAGUCGCAGCGUCUGCGUGCCGGUCGCGGUAAGAUGCGCAACCGUCGUCGCAUCCAGCGUCGUGGACCGUUGGUGAUCUACGAUAAGGAUGAAGGUCUGCGCAGGGCUUUCCGCAACAUUCCCGGCGUAGAUACGAUGAAGGUGUCCAAGAUGAACUUACUGAAGCUGGCCCCAGGUGGCCAUGUUGGCCGUUUGUGCAUCUGGACCGAGUCGGCGUUUGCCAAGCUGGACGCAUUGUACGGCACUUGGGAGAAGAGGUCGCGUUUGAAGAAGGGUUACAAUCUGCCAACCCCGAUCAUGGCCAACACCGAUCUGAACCGUCUGCUGAAAGCGGAAGAAAUCCGUCGUGUGUUGCGGGCACCGAAGAGGAUCGUUCAUAGACAUGUGCGCCGUUUGAACCCGCUGACUAACAAGCAGCAAAUGUUGAAACUGAAUCCUUACGCUGCUGUGACGACGCGUCGCGCUCAGCUGGCGAAGAAGUUGCGCAAGUGUGAGCGUAUGGUGGCGAAGGCGGAAGCCGAGAAGAAGCCGCUUGAUGCCAAGAACAAGGUUGUUCGUUUCAUCGACAGGCAACAGCGACGAUUUAAGCGAGUGCAGAAGCGACUGGACACCCGAAAGGCCAGGGUCGACAAGAAGGUGGCUGCGAUGAAGGCCGCUAGGAAAGAGGGCAAACCGCCGGCGGACAAAAAAACCGCCAAACCCGUGAAGAAAGUCGCGAAGAAAGCCGCGAAGAAAGACGCGAAGAAAGACGCGGAGAAGGUCGUAAAGAAGUAAAUGCGUGAACGCUAUGCAUGCUUUAUUGGUAACAUGUUCUAAUUUCCAUCGGCAUAAAUAAAACCGUAAAGCCAUCAGUCCUUACAGCUGUGGUGGAAAGAAA